GCCGUCCGCUACAACGACAAGUUCCGCACGCCCUUCGCCUGGUUUGCGGUGGAGCGCCAGGGCGUGAAGAUCACCUUCCAGACGACGCAUCUGUCGGCGGGCUCGCGGUUCGCCGCGGAGAGGAUCGCGCGGGCGUGCUACGUCAGGUUCGUGGACCAGCGGCGGUCCGAGGACGAGGUGAAGCGCUUCCGCGAGGAGUGCUACGAGCGCCUGCGGCCGCCGCCCGCGGCCCCCCCCGCGGCGCCCCCCGCGGCGCCCGCCGCG